UACGGAGGGAACCAGAGAAACAAUCCACUCUCUCUGUUUGGAAAAAAUACAUGCAAGAAAAGAGACUGGGAGAUUCCAGGUGCUUUUCCUCCAGUUAAAAGCCCUGAAAGGAGGUCCUCUCCUUGCCUGGAGUCAGGAGAGCCACUGCCUCGUGAAGUUGAGCACCCUGCCUCUCACAUUCUCCCUCUCUCUUUUUCUUUCUCUCUCCCUCCUACUUUCCACCCUGUGAGAGUGCACAGAGAUUCAAAAGGUGCGUCUGAAAUCUACUUGUAUCAAGGCUGGAGACAGCACCACAAGGACUUUUUUUUCCCUGUACUGCGACAAGCACAUGGACUUAAUUUUCACCAGAGACAGAAAUAAGUAUAAGAAGCAGACUGGCACCUGCCAUUGAGAAGCUGAACUUUCUCUAGAGUUGUACUCGUUCUUUCUUCACGUAUGUAAACAAUAUUUGACUGCGACCGAGUGCCAAGACAUUCCCGAGUCUUCCCUGUCUGCUGGGAUCCCAUCACAUCUUCUCAAGUUAUUUCUCCAGAGAUGACUGUCUGAAGAAGGGACGCAGAAAAGAAGCCACCUGACCUGCAGAAGUUACCUGCCUGAGUAAUCGAGGUGAAGCAGAAGGGUAAGUUUGAAAGCCUGUGACCACAGAGGACGGUGACAAUGCUGGCAGUGCUCUGUGUCCUGCUCACGUUGGGGAAUCAUGCCCUGGGUGGAGGUUAUGCCCCCAUGCCUCAGAUGAAAUAUGUGCAGCCCAUGAUGAAGGGGCCUGUUGGGCCACCCUUCAGAGAAGGCAAGGGCCAGUAUCUUGAGUUUCCACCCAUGAUGGACAUUAAAGGGGAGCCAGGUCCUCAAGGGAAACCAGGACCAAGGGGUAUACCUGGGCCUCCUGGAUUACCAGGGAAACCAGGUAUAGGAAAACCAGGUCUAAAUGGUCAAACAGGUCCUUCAGGGCCUCCAGGAUUCCCUGGGAUUGGAAAACCAGGGUUACCAGGUUUACCAGGAAAGAUAGGACCUAAAGGACCUCCAGGACUCAAUGGUGAGGUUGGGCCUCGUGGAGAGGUGGGUCCACGUGGAAUUCCAGGUCAGCCAGGACCACCUGGACCCGCAGGUCUGUCGUUGAAUGGUAAACCAGGGUUACCUGGGACUAGAGGCCCACCAGGAUCAAGAGGUGAUCCGGGGCCUGGAGGCGGACGUGGUAUUCCUGGUGAACAAGGACCUAAAGGGGAAAAUGGCAAUGGAAAACCCGGUUCAACAGGUCCUAGGGGACCCAUUGGCCUUCAAGGACCUCCAGGACCUCCAGGUAUUCCUGGGUUGGGUAAACCAGGGAUUGGUGGACUUCCCGGGCCAGUAGGGCCAAAAGGAGAUAAAGGUGGUCCAGGAGUUCAAGGUGUCCCAGGGGAAUCUGGUCCCCCUGGACUACAAGGUCAGCCGGGGGCACCUGGUGUGGGAAAACCUGGACUUGAUGGUGCUCCAGGUAACCCAGGCCCAAUAGGUCCAAAGGGUGAUGUUGGGCCCAGAGGAACUCCUGGGUUUCCUGGUUCCCCUGGGUAUGGUAAACCAGGUCUUGUAGGACAAAAAGGAGACAGAGGUCCUGCUGGAUUACAAGGAGCCCCUGGUGACAAAGGAGAAACUGGUAUGGAUGGUCUACCAGGAGAUUCAGGGUCAACUGGACAGCCAGGGCUUCCAGGUCCACAAGGUCCUAUGGGUCUUCCAGGGAAACAUGGGAUGCCUGGUCUAAAGGGGGAGAAUGGCCCACAAGGACCUCCAGGCUUGCCAGGACUUAGAGGAGAUCAGGGUCCCAGUGGACUCCCAGGAAAGCCUGGCUUCCCAGGGGAUAAGGGCCUUACUGGUCUCAAUGGAGCCACAGGUAAACCUGGACCUAAAGGUGAACCGGGUCACAUCGGACUGCCAGGUAAUCCUGGCUUGAUUGGGGGACCAGGUCCAAAAGGUGAGAAUGGGUUGCCAGGACCCCCUGGACCACGUGGCAAUUCAGGGAUUCCUGGACUGCCAGGCCCCACUGGUCAUAUGGGACCUCAGGGUGUUCCAGGAUUGAAAGGUGAACAAGGUCUACCGGGCCCCCAAGGAAUUGGAAAGCCUGGAGACAAAGGUAUGCCUGGUCCACAAGGACCUCCGGGAAAACCUGGCCCUUCUGGCCUUAAUGGUAUGCAGGGCCCUCCGGGUCCACCUGGACCUCCUGGACCUUCUGGCCCACCAAAUGGUGAUUUAAAUCAGUUAGCUGUUCGAGGACCAAAUAUUGUAGGAGAAUCCAUUCCAAAGCCUAAUGGUGAAAAACCCUAUUUUGGUCAGGCUGAGCUCUCUGCCUCUGUGGCUCCUGCUUUUACCUCUAUAUUGACAACACCAUUUCCACCAUCUGGAAUGCCGAUUAAAUUUGACAGAAUUCUGUACAAUGGGCAAAAUGCUUACAACCCUGCCACAGGCAUCUUCACAAGCCCACUUCCUGGAGUCUACUAUUUUGCUUAUCAUGUACAUGUAAAGGGAAGCAGCCUGUGGGUGGCACUGUACAAAAACAAUGUGCCAGCCACAUACACCUAUGAUGAAUACAAGAAGGGCUAUAUGGACCAGGCAUCAGGCAGUGCGGUUCUAGAGCUGAAAGAGAACGACCAAGUUUGGGUGCAAAUGCCCUCUGACCAAGCAAACGGGCUCUACUCCACUGAGUACAUCCAUUCUUCCUUCUCAGGGUUCCUCCUGUGUCCCACAUAACGUUCCGUCUCAAUGAAAAAUUGCUUGCUCAAGAGGCCUGCAGUUACAUCUGUGAUAACAGCGACUAGAUCACAAGAAAGACUUGCUGAAUGACGGAGAGGCUGAGUUUGAAGCAGAUUGGGAAUUCAUGCUGUGUCUCUGUUUUCACCCUCUCUUUCAAAUGUUUGAUUUGACCAUUGUUUUACUUUCAAGUGUUGUCAUUUUCUGCCUAUAUGAUAAUUUUAUUAUAACUGUUGUGUUAUUUUUGUUGAUGUUGAUAUAAUGGUGUUAUUUUAUUGAUGUUGUUGUAGUUGUUUCUGUUUAUCACAAUCAGAUUAUUAAGUACUUUGCAAUGUUUAGGUAACCGUUUGAAGACUUACCCAUGUGACUGCACACAUUGCCAAAUGUUCUGACUCCCACUGAGCUCAUCAUGUUGACUCUGGGGUUGUAUGUUCCCCUGGUUGCAGUCUAUUUUACCUGUAUCUUACCCUCAUAUAACACAGGCUACUUGAUUCAUGCCAUGUUUCACAUUUUAGAAUCCAGACAUUCUAUACAACAUUGUUAUUGUAUUUGUAUGUUUAAAUACAUCUAUAAUUUAAAGAAUAAUCCUCAGUUCCACAUUGUUUUUUUUCUUAUUAUUAAUGCCAAACAGGUGAAUAUCCAUCUGUUUUAGUCAUUAGGUAUAUAUGUUUUAUUUUUUAAUUUACUGUGUUGAGCAAAAAUGAUGUGCUAAUCUGUCUGUUUCUGCAACAACUACAUUGUGUUGGAGAGUGAUUAAGACAAAAAUUACUUGAUGAUUUACUUAUUCGAGUCAUUUGCUCAAAACAUGCCAGGUUUAAAUCAGUAGCAAUCCUGAAGGCCUCUAGAGGACUGCUGUACAACGUUGCCUGCAUUAACAAACAAAUAUAACAAAUACAUUUCUCUGAAACUAAUUCCAUACAUUCAGAAAAAAAGGUAAAAAAGCUGUCACUGGUGGUAACCUUUCAAAAGGUACAACUUUGUGCCUUAUUACAUACAUUUUAGUGCCUAAAUUGCACAUAUUAGUACCUUAAUGGUACAUAUUAGUCCUUUUAAAAAGGUACCGCCCCAGUGAAACCUUUGUACAUUUAUUUCUGAGAGUGUACUUAAAAAAAUCAUGAAAUCAAAGCUAAUACAUAGCGUACAGCUUCUCAUUAAAAUCGUACGAUAUCCUAGAGUAUAUUGUUGAGUAAGGGACUACUAAUAGACUGAGAAUAUGAAAAUAUAAUUCACUUUUUUUUUAUAUAAAAAAUCCAUCACAAAAUCCAAACUACUGCU